GUGAAGCUGAGCUGCGGCAGCUCCGCAAAUCCAACAUGGAGUUCGAGGAGAGGAACGCGGCCCUGCAGAAGCACGUGGAGAGUAUGCGCACGGCCGUGGAGAAGCUGGAGGUGGAUGUGAUACAGGAGCGGAGCCGCAACACGGUGCUGCAGCAGCACCUAGAGACCUUGCGCCAAGCGCUCACAACCAGCUUUGCUGGAGUCCCGCUACCAGGUAGCGGGGAGACGCCCACCAUGGACACCAUCGAUUCCUACAUGAACAGGCUGCACAGUGUUAUUAUGGCCAACCCGCAGGAGAAUGAGAACCUCAUAGCCACGGUCCGAGAGGUGGUAAACCGCCUUGAACGCUAGUGCUUGGGUCUCAUGACCCAGGGAUGCUUUACAAAAGUUUUUCGGCCAGUGUGG